CGAAAACGAGAAAUCCCCUCUCCCAUAAAUCAUUGUUCUUCAUGGAAGUUUCGCUUAUCCACGAAUUUCCCGUUAAUUCUUCUGUUUUGCACGUUCCAGCUUUCCUGCUCUUGCUCCUUGCCGUCGCACUGCGUCCUUGAAGUGAGUCCUGAAAGAAAAAAGAGGGAGACUAGUUGGAGGAUUCCUGUUUUCCCAUCGGCUGGGUUGGAAAAGGACGGGGCCUACUACAAGUAACUUACACACCCACGCGAGCCGGCAAGCAAGCAAAGCAUCGCAGCGGAAUUUACUUUCCCACAUAUCAUACGAACAUUCGUUCUGCAUAACCAUAGUGCGCAUUGAAUACUGGGGUCAAGGGCAAAGACUAUCGAUUUUUUCCCCUACCCCUCUAAAUUUUCUAUUUUUUUUUUUUUUUUUUUUAGGACUGAACUCUACCCUCUUGCCUUUUUUCCUACGGUCCCUUUCCCCUUUAAUUUUAGAACACUCCACCUCCAAGAGCCAAGCCACGCUUACCGGCUACACACGGCCUUCAUACCAACCCUACACCACACGAGAAAAAAAGCAAAAAAAGCAAAAACUAUUAAGCGAAACCGAAACGGAAAUGGCGGAUAUCUUCACCUUCGACCACGACCCCACCCCCCACGACCUCGACUCCCCGACCUUGUCGAAGCCAGUUUACGGUUUUGGCGGUGGUCGUCGCCGUGCGAGUAUUACCGCCGCGGCAAAUGUCGAGGGUGCUGGGAGUGUGAGUAGUCUUGCGGUUGCUGUUGCUGCGGCUAAGAUUUCCCCGGGCGUGCCUGGAGGAUUGGCGGCGCUGUUUCCGCACUCGGAGGUUUCGUCGCGGGCUCCGAGCGAUGCUGGGGAUAUUAACUGUGAGAGGGUGCAGGAGAAGAAUGGUGGUGGGAAGAGGAAGAAGAGGUCUAAGAGUAAGAAGAAGAAGGGUGGUUCUGGUGUGGCUCAACAACAGCAGCAACAGCAGCAAGGCAGGCAGAAGGGCGAGGGGAAGAAGGGUGGAUCUGUUGCUAGGGUUGUUCCGGCCGACGACGGUGGGUUGAGUCCUGAUUGGAGUUUCGUCAAGAGGAAUAUUAGUCCCUCUCCGUCGAGUUCGAGAUCAUCCUCCCCGCUGCGCAGAUCAGGACUUUCGUCUCUAUUGAGCCAGUCCCAUCCUGGGGACCUGGCGCCCGCUAGAUCUGGAAGUGAUACUUCGGUUGAGUCGGAGAAUGGCGAUGCGUCUGCGGAUAUGGGGACGUAUGAGGUUGCGCUGGAUGAGGAUUACAUUGAUGAUGAUGUCAAUUCCCGUCCUGUGUCUCGUUCGGGCGUAGAUCAGAGACGGAAGAUGCAUGCGGAGGAUUUUGAGACUUUGAAGUGUUUGGGCAAGGGAACCUAUGGAACUGUCUUUUUGGUUCGUCAUAAGGAUACUGGAAAGCUCUACGCGCAGAAGCAAUUUAAAAAGGCCAGUCUGGUGGUCCAUAAGAAGGUGGUUGAGCAGACAAAGACCGAGCGCGCAAUCCUCGAGUCUGUCCGUCAUCCAUUUGUUGUCAAGCUCUACUAUGCCUUCCAGGACAAGGAGAAGCUCUAUUUGAUCCUCGAGUAUGCUCAAGGAGGCGAACUUUUCUUGCAUCUGGCUUUGUCAAAAUUCUUCCCGGAGACCACCGCCGUAUUUUACCUCGCAGAGCUUGUCCUUGCUCUCUCACACCUUCACCAGAACGUCGGAGUGGUGUACAGAGACUUGAAGCCUGAGAACUGUUUGUUGGACGCGGAAGGCCACCUCCUCCUGACCGACUUUGGCCUCAGCAAGGUUAAAACCGAUGACUCUCGUUGCCGCUCCUUCCUAGGUACUCCUGAAUACAUGGCCCCGGAGAUCCUCACUGGUGAUGGCAAACGAGAGUAUGGUGCUGAAGUUGACUGGUGGGGCGUCGGUGCCCUUGCUGUAGACUUGAUGACCGCCGGACCCCCCUUUACAGGAAACAACAAGGCAAGAAUCAUCCACAAGAUCGUUCACUCGAAACUCUCUCUUCCGUACUACCUAUCCCAAGACGCAAAGGACUUGAUAACCCGAUUGCUGCGCAAGGACCCGACGAAGCGGUUGGGUCACAACAUGCCGAAGGACCUGCACACGAUCAAGAAUCACAGAUUUUUCAGAAAGAUUGACUGGGAGAAGCUGGAGCGUAGGGAGAUUGAACCGCCCAUCAGACCUCUCAUCACUGAUCCCGAGCUCGCGGAGAAUUUCUCGACGGAUUUUACGGAAUUGGGGUUGAGUUCGCCGGUCAUGAUUGGUAGGGGAGACGAAGAGGAGGAUGAGGAGGGCUUGUUUGGUGGUUUCAGCUUUGUCGCGUCGAGUAGUUUGUUGGGGGAGAGAUAUUAGACUUGUGAAUAUUGCGAUGUCGAAGGGCGAAGGUGGGGUUACUGGAUUGCGCUCUUUCUAGAAUUUCUAGACUACGUGGAACAAUUGGUGUGGAAUUACUUUGUUUUUGUUUUGCCUUUUCUUUGCGUUCGUUACUUGUUUAGACUCCAUUGUACAGUGAUAUAUUGUACCAGGGGUUUCUUAUUCUUGUCCUGAGUAAAACAUCGCCGCAAUUUCUUAUUCAUCUUCACUUAAUAAAUUAUUUCCUGGUUUUUGGAC